AAUUAGAUCCGUUCUCUUCAGCGUAAACGGAAGUGAACAUUGACCAACAACAAUUUCGUACCUUAGUGUUUUUAUUGUUGUUAUUUAGACGUUUAUUAACACCCUGGAACUCAGAAUAUGACUAAUUUAACUGCAUAGCCUCACAUACGUACACCCAGGUAGUAUAUAAUUCGCGUUGGAGACAGAACUUGGUUGGUAGAUAGUAAUGCUAGGUAACUUAGCUGCUAACAAUGGCUAAAUGUAUGGUUUUUCACACUCAAAUAGCCUCCAUUAUGGAGGUGCUAGCGAAUGCAGCCGUGGCAGAGAUCUGUAAACUCGUCGACGACGACUAUGCAGUGUUUCGUUUGGAAAUAACUCAAAGCCAGAAAGAAAACAGGACAUUGCAGAGGAAACUACAGCUACUUGAACUGAAGGUGGCACGGGAGCGCGCAGAGAGGACAACUCGAGAGCGCGCCCUAGCCAGUCGUCCCAGUAGUGUCAAAAUCCUCGACCGAUACAGAGGAAUGGCAAGAGGUGAAGGACAUCUCACUGGAGGCCACAGGAGCUUUGUGAAGCCAGUAGGACACAACGUGUGGAGAGAUGACCAACCAAUAGCUAUAGAUGAGGGCAGUGGAACCUCCACCCAGCAUGUUAUCGUGAAAGCGUCUGCAGAUGCAGAGGCUGCAGGUCCUGGGUUCAAGCUGGAAAUGUAUGAAGGAAAGGAGGACCCACCGCACAGCAGAGACAUCCAGACUGGAGUGCUUGCUGUAGCCACGGAGGACCCCACCCUCGCCCCAGCACUGCCCAGGGCCCAAUGCAGCAUCACGGAGGUCAGUGGAACGCUGAACACCGUCCUCAAGUCAGAGACAGACACUGAGACUUUAACGGUGCUGGAGCGACUGGGCUGUCCUCCUGCUACCCGCACAGAGUAUUUAGUUUACGGGAGCCCGAGGACGGCUCUGUUCCAUCAGGACUCAGGGGAUGCGUUACAGACUGGCAAUGAUCCGUCCUGUUCAUACGCUACAGAGAUGAUACCUGGUGACAUGCCUGUGGGCUUAGAUACACAGACUAAUUCAAUGAGAGGGGACUGGAACCGGUACAGUAGUAGUGUCUACUCUGAAAUGUGUCUAGAUAAGAAAGGGGAGGGUCUGGUCAUAGAUGAGGUGACUGUGAAAGUGGAGGGUGAUGCUCUUCUGACAUGGAAUGCAGACCAGACUCACUUAGGAGAAGGACACUCUCAGGAAAACAAGAGUGACUUCUUAGACUACAGGGAAAGCUUAGAUCCAAAUCCAAAUAUUGCAACCCACUCCCCUUUACACACGCUCAAGGAACGCGACCCAGUGUCCACGUCUAUGGCACCUUCCGAUUCACACAACCAUGCCCUUAUCGAUCAGGUAUUGAACUCAAACGGCAAGACUAGAGCCCUGGCCCAGGGAGGGGGAGCAACAUCAGGCAUUAAUAAGGAGAAACGGUUCUUCUGCAUGUUCUGCAACAAAGGCUUCAACUGCCCUCAGAAGGUGGAAAUCCACCAGAGGGUCCACAUAGGGGUGAAACCCUUCAGCUGUACCCAGUGUCACAUGCGCUUCUCCCUGGCUUGGAACCUGAAGAUCCACCAGAGGGUCCACACAGGGGAGAAACCUUACAGCUGUGCCCAGUGUCACAUGCUCUUCUCCCACUCGUCCAGCCUGAAGAGGCACCAGAGGAUCCACACAGGGAAGAAACAAUUCAGCUGCCCCUAGUGUGGGAAGACGUUCUCCCACCAGAACCAGCUGAUGAUGCACUUGAAGUUUCACACUGGAGAAAGGUCGUUUGCCUGUACGCACUGCGGGAAGAGGUUCUCAGAGAGGAGCUACCUCAGGAUACAUAAGCUGAAAAAACAUUUGACUGUAUAAUAUAGAAAGUAACUAUUCCACUUGAUAGCUUCUGACAUUUAGAUCAAACCCUGCAUUAAAGACAGAUAGAUUUUCAUUUGGAAUAACAAGAGUAACAGAUUUCAGUGUUGAAUAUUCCUGUGUAGAAUAUUGCAUUGAGACAGUGGCCGUGUCCAAAUACCCAUACUAGCGUACGACAUACUUAAACUGCAUACUCAUUUCGGCAUUGGAUCUAGUAGAAUUCACUCACCUUUUCCCACUCACGUGUUUGACAACAGCUGAUCAUCAAAUAAAUGAAUGCUCUGUACCAAAAUGAAUGAAUGGCGGGAGUCUACGUAAUCAAACAAUAGAUGAUGCAUUCAGUGUACUAUUUUCAACAUUUCAUAUACUAUAGAAUUGUAUUUUUCGGCAUACUAUUUAGUACGCUACUAUGGGUAUUUGGACACGGGCAUUGUGUGAUUUAAGGCAUAUGUAAGCCUAAAAAGUCUGUUACAUAUCAUGUUUGUACUGUGUAGGCUAUAUGAUGUUCACAAAUGCCUACUUCAUUACUUCCAUUAAACUACUUAAUUUUU